GUGUGAUUGUGUAAAGAAUUAACUUCGAUUUAUUUAAUUUUUUAAGAUUAGAAAUACUACAAAAGUAAUACAAGAUAUUAGAUAAAAGCUUUUAAAAGUCUAAGCUCGUAAAAUUUGGCAACAAUUUGGAAUUUCGAAUCACAAAAUGCAUUCAAAAUUCCUGAAGUUCCAAGCAUUAAUCUUUAUAUUAAUUAACAUUAUAUCGAUUGUUGCAACUCAAAAAUGCAAAUAUGCACUUAACGUUGUCGGAUCACCAGGUUACAGCUGUGAGAUAGUUCAAAACUCAAAUGAAACACAUCUCGUAGGCUUCAAUAAUGAAAAUGUUACAGAAAUCUUUUACAAAUUAAAAUCUAACCUUAAUUUUAAGAACGUCACUUUACCACUCUGCAAAAAGUAUAAAAAUCUUGAAAAAAUCAAACUUGGAAGUGCUAAUUUGAAAGUUGUUGAUGAAAAUUCAUUCAUUGACUGUAAAAGUUUAAAUGAAGUGUCUUUGUGGAAAAAUCAACUUGAAAAAAUUCCUGAAAAUUUGGUUAACAAAAAUAAAAAAUUGAUUUCUUUAAAACUGGAAAAGAACAAUUUAACGACUUUACCUGAAAAUCUUUUAUCAAAUCAAGAAUUUUUGAUAUUUUUGGAUUUAUCUGAAAACCGAAUUGACACAUUUCCACAGAAAACGUUUACUUCAUUGACUAGUCUUCAAGAAUUGAAGUUAGAAAAGAAUCAAAUUAGACAUCUAAGUCCAGUUUGGUUCCAAAAUAUGCACGAAUUGAAUAUUUUAUAUCUUCAAUUCAACAUAAUUCGCAACUUACCCCAAGGAAUAUUUACAAACCUUAAAAAAGUAGAAAAAAUUUACAUUCACCACAACAACAUUCGAGCUUUGCACCAAAGUAGCUUCAAAAAUUUGGAAAAAUUGCGAAUCUUGGACUUGGAAUUUAAUGAGAUUUUGGAUUUACCUGAUUUUGUUUUCACUCCUUUAAAAAGUUUGCAAUGGUUGUGGCUUAAUAAUAAUUUUAUCACAAUCAUUCGAGCAGAAGCUUUUGAAAAUGUUACAACAAUGAAGAAACUAGGUUUAGUAUCUAAUUCAGUUAUAGCUAUUGAUGAAAAGUUUCCAGCUUGUGAGGAUUUUGAUCUAUCUGGUAAUAUUUGCUGUCAAGAAAGAAUUUUACGAAAGUACAAUAUGACAGAUUUACUAAGUGUGUGCUAUGAAAAUUAUCGACAGCUUCACAUUACAAAAGCCAAAAAACCACAAAAUGACACUCAAGUGAAGCAAGAUGAAUACUUUAAAAAUCAGACUCAAAUUUCAACGCCAGAUUAUGAUUCAAAGACUCAAGCACCUCUAACUCAUUAUACACCAACUGAACAGCCUAAUACUAAUGAUCCGCAGACCAAAGCACCUCAAAUUGACUAUACUCAGACCCAAAAGUCGGGUAUUCAUGAUCCACAGACCAAAGCCCCUCAAAUUGAUUAUACACAUUCCCAAAAGUCUGGUAUUUAUAAUCCACAGGCCCAAGGGCGUCAAACUCAAGAACAGACUGAAACUAUUGAUUUACAGACUGUUAAUCCCCACAUUAAUAACCCAGAAUCUCAAUAUUCGCAAAGUGCUCAUCAACAGCCAAAACAUCAAGAUAACCAAAUUUAUUACCCAGUCGAACAAACUUCACAAGCUAUCGAUCCAUACGCACCAGAUCCUGAGUAUUUUCAUCGUCGAACAGGUUUUAAGCAUGAAAAUAAGAAUCGAGUUGUUCAGUACCGCAACAGAGUAGUUCAAGAUGGUCAGGGGCAAUAUCAGCAAGUACAAAGAAUGCAAACAACUUAUCAUCAAAAUCAAUUAAAAGAUAAUCCAGUAAAACCAGUCUGAGAGUCAAAGUGAACAAAACUGUCGCAGAAAUGAAAAAAUCUGUCACAGAUGUCAAUACCACCCUCCCUCCCCUUAUCACGCCCAAUUCAAUUCACAAAUAGUUAUAAUUUUCUGACUCAAUUCCCUCCCCUGUGACAAUGUUUCACAAAUUUUUCAAACCCCCCUCCCCUCUAAAUGCUGGACGUCAUAAGUGUACGACCCCUAAAUGGAUCCCAAAAUAAAUAUUAAUUGCUCAAUUUUUUGUAGCUUUAUAAACAAUUUAUUAAGAAAAAUGUUAUAAUUAAACUUCAAUUUCCAGUGCAAAACCAAGCAAUUCUUCCUUUCAAAACUUCCAUGUCGCCUUCAUUAUUUGCCGCCAUAUCAAUGCAAUUAUUUUUCUCAAAACUUACAAAUAGUAAAAAUUUCAAUGGCUUCAAUACAUUUGAGUCAAUCUUCUUCAAGUUAUUUCCAUAAAAUGUCAAUUUUUCGAGUUUAAGAUUUUGAUUGAAAAUUCCCUUUUCUAGUGCUUCAAUAUGAUUUAGUGGCAGCCACAACGUUUUCAAAUUUGUAUAAUGUUUGACAUCAUCAAAUGUCAAAUUUCUCAAUCCACAAUUGACAAUUUGAAUAGCCAUCAAUCCUGCGAAAAAUUCAUGUAAAUUUCUGGGAAAGUUUGUAAAAUUUUGAUUGUGAAUUGCCAGUCCAUGGAUGUCUUUUAAAUAAGUUUCAUUCUUAUUAUGCAAAACUCGUGAAAUUGUCACAUUGUUGUGAUUUAUAGCUGUUCCUUUACUGCUACAAGAGAAGUAUUCUGUUCCUUGAUGACUCAUGUUAUACAAGCUGCAGUAGAUUUCUUGUGGAAGGUGACAAUUCAUGUCGAUAACAUAUUUUACGUGGAGGAGGGUGUCGUGUGAUAUAAACUUUCCAUGAUGAACUGGUUAAAAAAGGAAGAAAAUAGAUUUUAAACUUUUCAUGAAUUUCCGAUUUUGGAAUGGAUCAAAACGAUGGCCA